GUUCUGCCUCUGAUGCUUCAUUCCAGCUGUCAGCUAUCUCUGCGCCUAUGAUGAGAGCCUCUCACCUCCUCAGCCACCUUCCUGACGGUGGGUUUUUGGCCCCAGACAUGCGGUGAUCUCAAAGCAAGGGCUGCCGCCACCACCUGGAACCUUCCAACAAUGAAUGCCCACUCCAAGGAGAUGGUGCCCCUCAUGGGCAGAAGAACCACUGCACCCAGCGGGAACUCCGUUGUGCUGACAGAGAAGAGGCCGGCAGAUCUCACCCCGACCAAGAAGAAUGCACACUUCUUCCUGGAGAUAGAAGGGUUUGACCCCAACCCCACAGUCACCAAGACCUCUCCUCCCAUCUUCUCCAAGCCAAUGGACUCCAACAUCCGGCAGUGCCACUCUGGCAAUUGUGAUGACAUGGACUCCCCUCAGUCUCCUCAGGACGAUGUGACAGAGACCCCAUCCAAUCCCAACAGCCCAAGCGCAAACCUGGCCAAGGAAGAACAGAGGCAGAAGAAGAAGCGGCUGAAGAAGCGCAUCUUCGCGGCUGUGUCUGAGGGCUGCGUGGAGGAGCUGUGGGAACUGCUGCAGGAGCUGCAAGAGCUCUGCAAGCGGCGCCGCGGCCUGGAUGUGCCUGACUUCCUCAUGCACAAGCUGACAGCCUCAGACACCGGGAAGACCUGCCUGAUGAAAGCUUUGCUCAACAUCAACCCCAACACCAAAGAGAUCGUGCGGAUUCUGCUUGCCUUCGCUGAGGAGAACGACAUCCUGGACAGGUUCAUCAACGCCGAGUACACGGAAGAGGCCUACGAAGGGCAGACAGCGCUGAACAUCGCCAUUGAGCGGCGCCAGGGAGACAUCACAGCGGUGCUCAUAGCAGCGGGCGCUGACGUCAACGCGCAUGCCAAGGGUGUCUUCUUCAACCCCAAAUACCAGCACGAAGGCUUCUAUUUCGGUGAGACACCCCUGGCCUUGGCAGCAUGUACCAACCAGCCCGAGAUUGUGCAGCUGCUGAUGGAGAAUGAGCAGACGGACAUCACCUCCCAGGACUCUCGGGGAAACAAUAUCCUGCAUGCGCUGGUGACAGUGGCUGAGGACUUCAAGACCCAGAAUGACUUUGUUAAGCGCAUGUAUGAUAUGAUCCUGCUGAGGAGUGGCAAUUGGGAGCUGGAGACCAUGCGCAACAAUGAUGGACUCACGCCGCUGCAGCUGGCUGCCAAGAUGGGCAAGGCUGAGAUCCUGAAGUACAUCCUCAGUCGUGAGAUUAAGGAGAAGCCUCUCCGGAGCCUGUCCAGGAAGUUCACAGACUGGGCAUAUGGGCCUGUGUCAUCCUCGCUCUAUGACCUCACCAACGUAGACACCACGACAGAUAACUCAGUGCUGGAGAUCAUUGUCUACAACACCAACAUUGACAACCGGCAUGAGAUGCUGACCCUGGAGCCCCUGCACACGCUGCUGCAUAUGAAGUGGAAGAAAUUUGCCAAGUACAUGUUCUUCUUGUCCUUCUGUUUCUAUUUCUUCUACAAUAUCACCUUGACCCUCGUCUCUUACUACCGACCCCGGGAUGAUGAGGACCUCCCACACCCCUUGGCCCUGGCACACAAGAUGAGUUGGCUGCAACUGCUAGGGAGGAUGUUUGUUCUUAUCUGGGCCACAUGCAUCUCCGUGAAAGAGGGCAUUGCCAUUUUCCUGCUGAGACCCUCCGAUCUGCAGUCUAUCCUGUCAGAUGCCUGGUUUCAUUUUGUCUUUUUUGUCCAAGCUGUGCUUGUGAUACUGUCUGUCUUCUUGUACUUGUUUGCCUACAAAGUAUACCUCGCCUGCCUUGUGCUGGCCAUGGCCCUGGGCUGGGCGAACAUGCUGUACUACACGAGAGGCUUCCAGUCAAUGGGCAUGUACAGCGUCAUGAUCCAGAAGGUCAUUUUGCACGAUGUUCUGAAGUUCUUGUUUGUUUACAUCCUGUUCUUACUUGGAUUUGGAGUAGCACUGGCCUCGCUGAUUGAGAAGUGCGCCAAAGACAAAAAGGACUGCAGCUCCUAUGGCAGCUUCAGCGACGCGGUGCUGGAGCUCUUCAAGCUCACCAUAGGCCUGGGCGACCUGAACAUCCAGCAGAACUCCACCUACCCCAUCCUCUUUCUCUUCCUUCUCAUCACCUAUGUCAUCCUCACCUUCGUCCUCCUCCUCAACAUGCUCAUCGCCCUGAUGGGGGAGACGGUGGAGAACGUCUCCAAAGAGAGUGAGCGGAUCUGGCGCUUGCAGAGAGCCAGGACCAUCUUGGAGUUUGAGAAAAUGUUACCAGAAUGGCUGAGAAGCAGAUUCCGCAUGGGAGAGCUGUGCAAAGUAGCAGAUGAGGAUUUCCGGCUGUGUCUGCGGAUCAACGAGGUGAAGUGGACGGAAUGGAAAACACACGUGUCCUUCCUUAAUGAAGAUCCAGGGCCCAUAAGACGGACAGCAGAUUUGAACAAAAUUCAAGAUUCUUCCAGGUGCAAUAGUAAAACCACCCUCUAUGCAUUUGAUGAACUAGAUGAAUUUCCAGAAACAUCGGUGUAGAAGCAUGGCUUAGAGCUGGUACGAACACUGUGGUCUGAUCCUGAGGUGCUGUGCAGAGUGCUGAAUUAGGAGCAAAAUGCUCCUCACACUGAUUGGUGGCUGCUGAGGGGCUGCUGUCAGGAUCUGAAAGGAAAGCACCUUGGGUUUUGUGACUUGAGGGAGGUGAGUACAAACUGGUGACCUGCGGCCCUGAGUCUGGAAGUCUCCUGAAGUCCAGGGUGAGGCACCUGCAGGUUGGCUCGGCUCCAAGACACAUGUGCUGGGGAAGGAAGGAAGGAGAUGGGGUCUGAGGAGUGGGGAGCAGCCUUCCCUCCUGCUAUGGCCCUAUUGUUGGGGCCAGCUGCAGCCCACAGAUUCCUCCUUUACCUCCCCAACUAUGACUACAUCUCCUGAAUUUGUGGGAGACUUUUGAUCCUGUCCCAGAAUAUGCAGAGGGCCUGAGCUAAGCCAGAUCUUCUGGGGAACGAGGGGAGUGAGCUAUGGAAAUGCCCUUCCAGAGCCUCCAGCAAACAGGAAACUGGACUCCAUCCUUGGAAUGAAAUCCAAGGCUAAAACUGUCUCCAACCGAGAGACAUUUUUAAUAGUGAAUUGGCACAAGGUUUUUAUUUUUAGUUCAGAAAAGCCAUUUCAGUUUUGAACGAAAAUUACUUCAGAUGAAGUAAACAACUUUAAAAGCUGAGAACUAGAUUUUAGGCUUUUGGACUAGAUGUAAGUAUUAUAUACUAGGUCUCAGGGUAGCCAGAGUCAGGACAAUAAGCUUUUCUUCACAUACACGAAGCCUGAGGGAGACAGGCUGUGAUCUGGGGGAAGGGUUUGGUGCCUGUCCUAUUCCAGUCUCACCCAGUGCUGGCCUCACUUUGUCUGAGACAGAAAUAGCAGUGAUCUGUUUACAGGGUCUUCAAACUCGGAGGUGACGAGCACACACACUGUUUCACAUUGGGGGAAUUCAGCAAGAUACCUGAAAUGCACUGCUAGCAUACAUUUUUGUUAACUGUGAAUUUUGAAUCUGUAGCAGAAGCCUUCUGAAGAAAGAAGGUCUGCCAGAUUGGGGCUUAUUUUCAUAUCCUCAGCCUCAGAUUUUUCUUCUUCUUGAAAUUUCAGUCAUUUUGGGGAUAGAAGAACUUUUCCAGUGACUAGAAAUGCAAUAACCCCUCCCCACUCUUCUGUUAUUUACUAAAAGGAUUCACAUGGAAAGGUGUGAGAUGGAAUUAUAGAUCAUUACAAAGAUUUAAAAAAACGUUAAAUGGAUCAGAAAUAAGUUUGGUCUUUAGAAAACUUGGCAUUUGGUGAGCUAAUCUGACUGGAGAUCAGGUAAUGCAGUCCAUUCUGGCAGUCUUCUCCAUUCUGGAAGGUUCUGUGUGCCAGCUUAGCUGGGCAGGUGAAAAGUUGGCCAUUCCAUCCUGCAUGGCCAGGUAGAGCACUGGAGACUGCCCAGACUGCCCAGUUUGCAGCAGCCAAUGUCUGCUCAACCUAUUGGGGUCUCUAGUGUUCAAAGAUCACACUCAGGUAGGGAAGAUGAUAAAGCAUGCUUGUGUCUCUGGAAAAGAGAAUAUUUGAGGGGGACAUCAUGGACAGAAAGAGCAGAUAUGUUCCCGAUGGGCAGAAAUGGUGACAGAAAUAGAUUAAGAUUGUGGUUCCAUUCAGGAAACAGCUGCCUCAGCUUUUGGAGGUGUUCAAGAAAUGAGCACUUAUGGGGGGAAGAUGUUGACGAAAGCAACCAGGUGAAUUUAAGGUUCCUAGAUGUCCUACAAACCAGUAUUAUACAGGUGGAGUCCCUCUGAGUUAUCUUGAACAGAUGUCCUUGUUUGAAGUGUAACCAUUGGCUCUAGGGAGCUAGGACUCUAGCUUUGUUUUGACUUGAAGUUGGUAGAUAAAACCACUUAGCUCUGCCUUUCCCACUUGGAUGGAAGGUGGGGGAAUUUGGAAGAUAGAAACAACAAGCUGGACCUUCGUCUUCUUACUUGUUGUAGAGAUCUGCUUUCUGUGGAUCCAGAUGGAAUUUGUUGACAAAACCAUUUCUGAACUGGAUAUUCAUCUAAAUGUGAGAUUCCCCAAAGGCUUUCAGCCCAGAGGGUCAAGCUAAGAGGGUCCACGAAACCAAGGAAGGGAAGUUUGACAAAAAGUGUCCUGCUCAAAAGGACCAAAUCUCUCACCAUAUGCCUGGACACUCAGGCUCUGGAAUGAACAUAGACUUGUUCAAAGUCAUGUCAGAGCAGGUGAGGCUAGGAUGUCCUCAUAUCUGGGCUACAGGUAUCCUUCUGCACAGCUUUUAUCAUCAGGUCUUUUUGUAGUUGGCACAUUAAGGGGCUAGUUUUUUUUCCCCUCACAUGACUUGGAAAUUAGCAUUGUCCUUACAACCCCAAUGACAAGUCUACAUGUCAAAUGUGCCUAAAUCCACACAAUAACAACAUAAUAACAAAAACAACACACACCACUGAUUCCAUGGGCCUAUCAGGACAUCUUAAAACUCCAUGAUUUACAUUUCAGUAAUGUAGGGGGAAGAGGUUUUCCAGGGAUGGGAUCGAGCAUACUCAGUAGUGGCAAACCCUGUUUUGGCUGAACAUUUCCCCAGGAAGAGAUCUGUAUUCUAGAUAUUAGGUCAUGUGUCUGGAAUAAUACAGGUGCUUACCUUCCUUCCUGGUGUCGGGGGAAGGAGUAAUAAGUUGUACUGUGAAGUCAUUGAGCUCUUAGGCACCUGCCCAAGAGAGUACAGUAUUAUUGAGGUUCCUUUCCUUUCUCAGGGCCUGGUGACUGUCUCCUUUGGCUCUGGGUGAGGCUCAGGGAGACAGGCCCUCACCAGAGUCUGUAAGCCAUACUUGACUUCUGCAUUGACUUAGAUGUUUUUAAUCUUAUUUUAUAGUUACUGUGACCUUAGUUCCAGAUACAGAAUUAUCAUCUUGUUCUCACUGGAUGUGCCUGAUUCUUGUAAAAAUUAAUUUAUAGACUGUUCUUAGUAUUGUAUGUGUGAAAUUACAUGUUCAAGAAAUCAUAAAAAGGAAGACUGCUUUGGUCUCAUUGAGGAAAUAGUUUUGACUUCUAAUAAAUAUUUAUUUUGUCAUGCCAUGGCCAUGAUUUUGUCUUUGCCUUGUAUGUGUGAAUAUGAAGACCAACUAAAAAUCCUAGAGGGUUUCUUAACAGGAAUGGGUAAAAGUAAGAUUGGUGUUUGGAUCUAAAGCAUUGCUGCUGGAUCCCAUUCAGCGGCAGAGCCAGCAUGCUGCGUUACACGUCACCUUCGUGCAGUGUCUACAUCUCAAAGUGCAUACACAACUGGCAUCCUAUUUGAGGUAUUUGUCAACUUUGUUUUAAUUUUAAAAAAGAUUUACCUUGGGGCUGGAGAGAUGGCUCAGUGGUUAAGAGCACUGUCUGCUCUUCCAGAGGACCCGAGUUCAAUUCCCAGCACCCAUAUGGCAGAUCACAACUGUCUGUAAUUCCAGUUGCAAGGGAUCUAACACCAUCACACAGUCAUACAGGCAGACAAAACACCAAUGCACAUAAAACAACAAAAUAAAUCAUUAAAAAUUAAAAAAGAUUUAUCUUAAUUUAUGUGUCUGUGUGUGCAUGUGCUCAUGGAGGCCAGAAGAGGGCACCACUUCUGGAGCUGGAGUUACAGGUGGUUGUGAGCUGUGUUGGGAAUCCAUUUCUGGUUAUCUGCAAGAUCAGCGAGUUCUUUUAACUACCAAGUCAACUCUCCAGCCUGAUUCAGUAGCUUUUGAAGUUAUAGGAAAUCACAGCCAGAUGAUGUUAGCAGUUCAGGCCUUCCGACUCUCCAACUCUAUCCAUCAUGUUUUGCUGGUUCUCUACCUGUCUUGCAUACAUGUAAACCCGUGGCUUCUCCUUGAGACAAGAAGGCAUAACUCCCUGCUCUCUAACAUCCAGGAUUUCCAUGAUGAGGCAAUGAGAGUUGCCAUCAGACUAACUCUUCCAUUUGGGCGUUUUCCAUUCUUUUGGGUUACCUCAUAGGAUGGGAAUUUCUGAUUUGAAUCCCAAAACAUCGCUUUUGUGGUAAUGGAUUACAGAAAUUGCAACUGAUUUAUUAUCAGGUGGAAUACUACCUUUGAUGAUUUAUUUACUUACUUUACUGAAUAACUUAAUUCGGAAUAAUUUCUUUCCUUCUAUCUCUGGUUGAAAGGCAAAGAAGUGGGAAUUGCACAGUCACAUCCCAGGUUAAACAGAUUUUGUCCAUAAUCUAGGAAUGAUCUGUGAAUGGUGAUAUUCUGGGUGGGCUGAUAGAAAAAGGGCGAAAUACCUGUGGUAGGACAUACUUCUAUUGGUUGUAGUAUUAAGGCCACCCCACGUAGUUAAAAGGGAGAUUUAUUUUGUGGGGUAACUUACAAGUGAAGGGAUAGGUUACAGGGUCUGGAAAAGGUGUAGUGCAGUCCAGCAGUGUUCUCUGGAAAACUCUGCUCAAUCUACCUCCAGCGUCCAGGAUCUAGGAACCAAGAGAGCCGGCACAUCCGGAUCUCGGGUCUUCAGGGUUCUCUUUCGGCCCCGCCUUGUAGCCAUGACAGUUACUGAAACCUCAAUGGGUGUAGUACUUCUAGGUCAAAGCUGGAACAGCUACCCACUACAUACUUCUGUGGCUGGAAUGCCUAGGUCAUUAGGCAUGAACAUUUUUAUGGUUGUUGAUACUGUGAGAAAUUACCUGCUUAAAGGAUCACUGUCUUUUUAGUCAGCUACAUUACAAAGCACUUAAUAAGGUUGAUUACCUGAACAACGUAGUUUUCUGAGUUGCUGGAUAUAGGUCACAGUUUAGUGGGUGGGGAAAUCAAGAUCUGGAGGCAGGUGGAACAGUGUGGAAAAGUUGUAAUGCUUUUUUUUCUGGCCCAAAGAUCCAGGUUCUCUGAAGUUUAGUCAGACCAGUAUCAAGAGAUGCUGCCUUCGUCACCUCUCUGACCAGGAGAGCAAAGUUCUGCAGAAAGGAAGGAUCCAGCCCAGUUCUGCAGACAUGUGCCUCACCUACUGAGUGUGAGGACUUAGUCCCAACUCUACUAAAAUUGGACACUCAUGACGUGCACUAACAGAGAAUACAAGUGUAAAUAAUCAGAAGGGGCUGGAAAAGGGGGAGACUGAGUAUUUAUUAUAUACCACGUGCCAUACAUUUUUGCAUCCCUUGUCUCCAGUAACCUUUGCCACACUCCUGGUGGAUUCUCCAUUUCCUUCAUCAGUUGUCUGGUUCUGUUUUCCAGUAGCUACCUCAAAACUGUCACUGGUGACUCUGUCACUUCCCUUUCCAUGUCUGUAGUUGGUUUAGUCUCCUAGCUGGUAGUGGAAAUGGAGACCAUCAGAUGGGGACACCUUCAGAUGGGGAUACCUUCAACUUUUGACCAUCAAACCUAUGAUUUCACUUGUAUCCACAUCUAAGCAGUACCACUUUCUUGUGAGUUCUUAGGUCAUUUCAUGUGGCAAAAGUUAAUUUUCCACUUAAUAGAUUUAUUACUAAAAUAGGAUACUUGCAUUGAACUAAAUUAGCCUAUCAAUAGUUACCAUGGUUCUAGUAAUCCCCUCUCCCCAAUUUGUAAUAUAACAACCUCCUAUAGACUCCAGGUUUUGAUUGACUUGGUUUUUGAAUCAAAUCUCUAUUUUUUGGGGGGGAGGGCACAAAUUCAGGAAAUGUCAAUCUUCUUUUUCUGGCUUGAUAAGAUGUAACAUUUUGGUCAGUGCCCUUUACUUUGUGCAUAUCUGAAUGGAGUGUGUGCACUGUGAAACCUACUAAGCUUGCGUGGCAGCCAUGGUUGGUUGGGAUCUUCUACAGGAGUUCCUUUUUGUGCCAAGCAUUGUAAAAUCCCUCACAGGAGUGCUAAGAACUGUGAAACCACAAGGGGGAGUCCUGAGCAUCCUGUGACAUCCUGGACAGGAGUUCACUCAUCACUGACUUGAUCCCUGUUGAGGAACCACUGCCUGCCAAAAACUGUACCAGCUUCAUGUGGUUGUGCUGGGGUGGAAGGUAUUAGAGGCAUCUAUCUCUGCAGGUUAAGUGAUGAGCCUCCCGAAGACAGUGUAGGAGGGAAUGUAGAGAUACCAAAAAGCUCUGGGAGUCCCCUAAGAAGCCAUUCUCCUUCAGGCUUUGUGUGGGGAUGUGUACAAGGCCUUCAGACAUGCUUUGGUCCGGUGGCCCUGGUAUGUUUCUGACUUGCACCUCCCAGCACCAAGGCCUCGAUCACAGCAGUUUCUAGAGUUCCUCUCACUGCCUCUGCUCAGGCUCCUCCUCCUGACUUGGUGACUGUCUGCGGCUCCUCAUGGCUCCCUAUCCCUGUCCCAGUGGUCCCCUGUGGUCUCAGCAUCACCCAGGAGACUCAACAACCCAUAUCUUCCAGAGAAGGCCUUCCAGAUGGUUUCACACUCGCUGGAUCAGUUCUCACUUGUCUGAUGAAACUUGUCAGGGCUCCUGCUCAGUGUUAAGUGCUAUGGAUACCGCAAGGAACAAGAUGAGCUAUCCCAACUCUCCGUGUUCCAGUUUCAUCAAAGGCAGAGACACUGUCUCCUGCUUAAACUUUAUUAGCUAUUGUUCUGGAGUUUUGUGAAGUGAUAGGCUGGUAGUGUACUUGUUAGACACAGUGGUCUUACCUAAACCAAGUCACACUAAGAACAAGCCUCACCAGAUCCAGGAAGAGUUGGCAUGUAUGCUGGCUAGUUUUUAUGUCAACUUGACACAGGCUACAGUCAUUCAGGCAGAGAGAACCUCGACUGAGAAAAUGCCUCCAUAAUAUUGGCCUGUAGGCAAACCCGUGGGAUGGUUUUUUGAUUCAUGAUUGAUGUUGGAGGUCCAGUUCACUGUGGGCAGUGCCAUGCGUCUUGGAUGAUGUAAGAAAGCAGACUGAACAAGCCACGAACAAGCCAGGAAGCAGGGGUUCUCCUUGGCAGCUCUUUCAGUUCCUGCCUUCAGUUCCUGCCCUGACUUUCUUUGCUGAUGGACUGUAAUAUGGAACUAUAAGGUGAAAUAAAACAUUUUUUCCCCUCAAGUUGCAUUAGACAUAGUGUUUUACCACAGUAAUAGAAAACCUAACUAAGAUGGGGGAUGGGCUUCUAAAGGGAGGAACAACAUGGGAAAGCCCAGGGCAGCAGGGACCUUGUAUCUGAGAACCGAAGAACCCAGCCUGUGCCCCAAUUGCUUGGAGCAAGGGGCCAAGUGACACGGAGAUGGAAGGGUGGCAGAAGCCAGAGCAUGCAGGAUUGGUCUGGCUAUGGUGAGGCUUUGAGGUUCUGCACACAGGCUAAGGAAAAGCCACGGCAAGGUUAUAUAAGGGAAUUAUUGAGUGUGAGUUUUUCUGGUUUUUCUGGGGCAGCAGUCUUAGAAGGAAGAGGCUUUUCCACCUUUCUGCCAUCCUUAGUAAGCCUGAAGUGCAGAAGAGAAUGAGUUUCACCUGGGACUAAUGGACGUGACAUAAGAAGUGAUUGGGAAAGAACAUGCAAAUGUGUCUGGGUAGAGAAAUGUGUGUUUGGCGCACACAUUUAUUCUACCAGCCUUUCUUGGCACAUCCUGGGUUGUAGAUACUGAUGAAGAUAGUGUUAAUGUUGUCAAGGUGAGAUGAAAGGGGAGGAGGGCAAAGGUGCAACUGAGUGAGAUAAGGCUUUGCACACACACAGAGAGCUCAGUUGUAUUCUGAACCAUAGGCUAGGGCAACAUCAGUCUGGGGAGGGGGGAAGUGCAGGAAGGUGAGAAAAUCUAGAGGAAGAACUAGCUUGGGUGAGGGCAUAUAGGAACAUAACAACAUGAAGGACAUUGGGACAGAGAGAACAGGAAAGAAGAGACGAAUCUGGAGGUUGUGGGGAGGGAAAGGCAGACCAUGAAGGGCCUUUUGUGCUAAUCUUGAAUAACUGAUGAAAUGCAUCUUGGGCACUGGGUACUGAGCUAAGUGCAUGCAUUCAUUAGCUGCUUACUCCUAAUAGUGUGCCAUUAUUAUGUUGGUACAUAACAAUUGCCUUUAUUUUAUAAAUGAGGGGACUGGAUAUGUAGAUUGUUACAGACUCAAUCAAGAUACAAAAUAGCUGAAAGUGGGUAAAACCACACACGUGUAGAUUAAAUACAGAUGUAUAGAUUAAAAUGUAUAGGUAAUAUGCAAAGUGAGGAAGGCAGCUCAGCAGGGAUCUUUUAAAGAGGCUUGGGGUUGGGGAUUUAGCUCAGUGGUAGAGCUGGAUAGAUGGCUCAGUGGUUAAGAGCACUGGCUGUUCUUUUAGAGGACCUGGGUUCGAUCCCCAGCACCCACAUGGCAGCUCACAACUGUCUGUAUCUCCACUUUCAGGAGAUCUUACAUGCUCUUCUGGUCUCAGAGGGCAUCAGGAACACAAUAUGGUGCACAGACAUACAUUCAGGCAAAACACCCAUACACACAAAAAAUGUACAGACCUUUAUGAAGGUAAAGGUGCUUACAGCCAUUAAUGACAACCUGAGUUUGAUUCCUGGGAUCCACACAGUGGAAGGAGAGAACCCACUUCUGACCAUUGUCCUCCGACCUUCCCAUGUAUUUUGUAGCUUACAUGUGCAUGAACACACACACACACACACACACACACACACACACACACACACAAUAAAUACAUACAUGUAAAAUAAAAAAAUCACAUUUCACAUUUAAUUAGAUAGCACCCAUUCAGGGUAUCAUGGCCAUAGACAAGAUCACAUAUAAUUAGAAACUCUGGAGACUGUAAAGAUUGAGUCAAGAAAAAUUAGACUUGAUAGAAACAGCCAAUCUGGAAACUGAAACCAUGGCACUCUAAACUGUGCAUUUUAACUUUUGUAAUUAAAUUAUGGUGGAAGAAUAUAGUCUUCUUGCUGUAGCUUACAGCUGUAAAAAAAAAAAAAACUGGC